AGAAAAGGCAGUGGUUCGGAUUGUUGACCCAUGGGUCCAUGCUGGGGUUAUCAGGGCAUGCUUCUCUUCUAGGUUUGUGAAUUCCGGAAAACUACAAGUUAUUAAUGUUAACCAAAUAGCCGCUGCUUGGAAUGGAGCUGAUGCCAUAUGUGUGCCGACCAGGUCCAAUUUUUUCGUGCCACACAUUGUUGCCAACAACAUGGAUAAUAUGAACAACCCAAAGUUCUUUUUUGACUUAAGCUGCAACCCAGAUUAUGAUCUUGCUGGGCUCACACAGGCAGGGUUUGAAGCGUAUGGUUUCGGCCGUUUGAUGUAGAGUUUGAUGUGGCUGAGAAGUCUGAUUGGAAAUACUCAGUACUUUAGCAGUCGGAAGCUCUAUAUGUUGCCCUACUAGUUUUCAGUGAUAGUGUAUCUUAUUUCAUGAUGUACCUAAAAAAAGACUGUUAGUAUAUCCUUAAAUGAGAUGGGAAAGGAGAAUUUGCAGGACUUGAAUUGUGUCUACAUAUACAAUGUCCAUGAUCGAGAUGAUUUAGACAGACCAACAGCAAAACUUAUAAUUUGAGCUGCGACAAUUCACUAUACAAUGCUAUUUGGGCUGCUCAGGCUCUUCUCCACAAAAGGAAAGUGUUUAUCUUUUGUCUUGUUUUACAUUUGUCCUUAUCUUAAAUGUCAUCUGUUUUUCUAUUUUAGUUGUUUUAGAUUUUAGUGAUAGUGGCUCUAACAGUCACAUAUCUGCAAAAAGUGCUGAUAAAAGGAUUCUCUUAUUUACAAAUGAAGAUGACCCAUUUGGUUGUAUCAAGGGAGCUAUGAAAUUGAUAUGAUGAGAACAACCAUCCAACGAGCCUAGGAUAAAUUGAGUGCACUAGAGUGGGACAAGGUAUUUAAUGAUCAUCAAAGCUGGAGACUUAUCGUUUAUGUUAGGGGCGGAGCCAGGAUUGGAUAUGGAGGGGGCCAAAAUAAAGUAUAAAUUGUAACAUAAAAUGUAAUGUUAAUAUCAAUUACCAAAUGAUGUAUUGAUAUUCAUCAAAAAAUUGAAAAACAUUAUCCAACAAAACAUCAAUGGACAUUAAGAACUUUUCUCUUACACGUCAUGGAAAUCAUCGAUAAUUAAUUGAAUUUCAU